GUGUUUAGAUUUGUGCGAGUUCACUUCUGCGGAUGCCACCGUGUGAUUUUUCCUCCGGAAUCCAAACAUGUCGACGAUCAAUUUGCCACUAAAUUUAACCGUUCGCGUGCACCCGGUCGUGUUGUUCCAGAUUGUGGACGCCUACGAACGACGAAAUGCUGACUCGGAACGUGUUAUCGGAACGCUGCUGGGUUCCGUGGACAAGGGUGUUGUUGAAGUGACCAAUUGUUUCUGCUUGCCGCACAAGGAACACUCCGACCAGGUGGAGGCAGAGCUGGGCUAUGCGAUCGAUCUGUAUGAAUCGAACCAGCGUGUCAAUGCGUCGGAAAACAUUGUUGGCUGGUGGGCAUCGGGCCAUGAAGUUACAAAUCACAGCUCCGUCAUCCACGAGUACUACGCGCGGGAGUGUGCGAAUCCGGUACAUUUAACGCUCGACACCUCCCUGACUGGGGCAAGAAUGGGUAUCAAGGCAUACGUGUGCGUGUCGUUAGGUGUGCCCGGUGGCAAGAGCGGCUGCAUGUUUACGCCGAUCAACGUAGAAGUGACGAGCUACGAGCCGGAAAUUGUUGGCCUGCAGCUGUGCAUGAAGACGAUCGGCCUCCAGUCGAACCCGAACGUGCCGCGCACAGUUUCGCCACUGCUAGAUCUGGCACAGGUAACGGACGCGUCGGACAAACUGCUGGCGCUGCUGUCCGAUGUGCUGGCCUACGUGGACGAUGUGUUGAACGCGAAGCAGCAGCCGGAAAAUACCGUUGGCCGUGCGUUGCUUGAUCUGAUUCACUCGGUACCGAACAUGAGCGGUGAUCAAUUUGCGCAAAUGUUCAACUCGAACGUCAAGGACUUGUUAAUGGUGGUCACGUUGUCUCAGCUAAUUAAAACCCAAUUGCAAUUGAAUGAAAAGCUAACGUCACUCACAUCGUUCCUGAACUAA